UGUAGAUGUGUUGAUACGAGUGCUCAACACGACUACACGUCCAAUGUGAUGGACGUGAAGGAGUCGAAGGAGUUGUUUGAACACCACUUCUCCCAUAUUUAUCACAUAUUCUUUGAUUCGUUUGUCUCAUUGGAAUCGCUUUAUAAACAAAGAAAUCAUAAGCCAAAUAAAGAAGAGUUGGAUUCAGUUCUCUAUAUAUUUGAAAUAAGACAGGAAGGGAUGAGACUAUUCCUCAUAUGGUAUCAAAUAGUUGGUCAGGAGUUGACAAAUAUGGCCGAAAUUGAGACAAUAUAUGCCUCAUUAGUGCCGGGAUUAGUGGCCAGUCUUCCAAACCUGUUUCUCCCAUCACAACAACAGUCAAACUCUAAUUUAAAUCACGAAACAAACAACUUAUCAGUUCAUGACUCUAAUGGCAAUCCAAUCACUUCAUACAAUACCACAGAUCAGCCAAACCUAAUGGCGAUGUCGUUGAAUGCAUCGUCAGUGCAGUCGUGUCCGAUCGAGCCAUUUGUUCCCAUGUUUGCCAUGGAAUCACAGCCGCACGACAUCACCUGCUAUUACCUCCAGUGUCUUAUGGAUUACAUGAUAACGCAAUCGACAAAAAUCCAUUGGAAAGAUCACAAAGACUUGAAGCAAAUUAAAUGUUUUGAGUUCUUGUGGCAAAAGUUUCACAAAAUCUAUUUGCCACACAUUUUCCCCCAAUUGAGUGAAGUCUCGUUAUAUAAUCCAUCGACAGAAAUGCCAGUAUUACGCAAAUGUAUUGACGACAACCUGUACUUCGACAGCAAUCGGUUCCCAUAUCGCGAUACACUUCUUCACUUACAGUCAGUGGUGUUGCGUUGGCUCUCGAAGUACUUGAAGUCUGAGACCAAUGAGCCGUCGGACAGAAGCGAAAUGAUUGAAGAGCAGCAGCACUACAGCAAACUCUUUCAUUCGCACACAAAUAUGACGGACACUCACGACUCGUAUUACAACGAAUGGCGCGAACCGACAGCUAUUGAAUAUCAUAUCAUUAACGGUGUCUUUAAUUCGAGUCGAGUUUACGUCAAUUUAGUUCAUUCACUCUUUAGAGAGGCGUUUCUUUUGCCAUUUUCACACGCGAUUACUAUUCGCAAAGUGAUCACUGUUUACAGGCAUUGGGUUUACGGGACAGCAAUUAAUAUGCCGACAUUCACUGAACUGCCCGUCCCUUCCAAUGCUAACAACACCAAUAAAGAGGAUGUGAGGGCCGGUCUCUCCAACCUUUUACGCGUUUUUGUAUCCAUUUCUUCGAAUGUAUUCCUUCUGGAAGUGCCGAUCGAUAAGCCAUUGAUGCUCGAAGAACAGGUCGAGAUGUGUAAACGCGUCCUUAAUAUCUAUAGAUAUAUGGUUAUGAAGAUUGAUAUGGAUAGACACGCCUGACAGUUAGAUAAAAAUAAGCGCAGAUUUCGGGUGCGAGGGCUCAGCCAUGAGGCCAAAAGUGAAACCAAUCGUACGAAUAAUACUGAGAAAUGUGUCAAUAAUGAGAACAAUGAGCCAAAACCAGUGAAACGGAUUCGCUCGAGUAGUGGUGAUUCGCCAACCAAUGCUAACAAAUUGAUUUCCACUCAAAUAAGUCAAUCAAAUGUAAUCCGUAGUCGAAGUGAUAGUUAUCUGUUUGAAGAGACGGCACAUAAGCUGCAAAAUCGUACACCGAUUCAAGUGGUGUCCAACAAAUAUAAAUCUGACUACAGAUGCGAUUUAGUGAACAAAUGUCGUUCGUUAGAGUAUUUCGAUAAUCGCAAUGAGUCUCCCAUUUGGUCGGAGUCGUCCGUCAGUCGCAGUCCUUCUCCCACUCAUUCAAAUGCCAUCGAAAACAAUAGUCUAAAAGACUCGCCAAUGAAUUUAGAGUCUGGGCUUCAGUGCAAUAAUAACGCCACCGAUUGUGUCCUUAUCGGCGGCCCUAAUAGGGGCUGGACUUCGGAGAGUGCGUUCAUAUUAUGGCGUCGGAUGUUAGGUGUGUUGGGAGAUAUCAAUAAACUAACAAACCCUCAAAUCCACGCGCAGGCCAUCGAGUGUCUGGUAAAAGUGGUCGAAGACUUAAUCAAAGUUAAAGAGAAUUUAGGCCUUUCUGUUGAGAGUCAAGUGUCGCCCAACUGUUCAUUAGAGCCUCCGCUCCAAUACUUUACUUCAUGGCUAUUCAAAGCCACACAAUUGCCCGAUGAGUUCAAAUUGGGAAAACUCUUGGCCUAUAAAUUGUUGUGCAUUAUAGCCGUCAGACGCAACGAAAAUCAACCUUCAAAAGAGUUCUUAUCGCUAUUUUACUUGACUCUAAGACAAGGAUUGAUAUCAUAUGAUAUGGAAAUAACGAGUACUUUAAUCAAAUAUUGUGGCCCCAAAUUCUUCUCCAUUGGUUUACCCGGUUCUUCGUCUCUACUCUUUGAUUUCAUAAACGCCGCCAAUACUAUCGUCUCGUCUCAAGAGAAUAAACUGCCGCGCGGAGAAGCACUUCAUCUCUUGGGAUCACUGAUUGGCUUCAACAGUGUUUUCAGUAAUGUAUUGGUACUGCAGUCGCGAACUCCUCAACCGAGUCUUAUGUCUUAUAAAGAUUCAAAGGAUCACGUUUUGGAGAUUUUGUUGAAUUCGAGCAAAAGAGAACAGACGGGUUUGGGCCGAUCCAUAGCGCUCAGCAGUUUGGGCCUAUUCUUAUACCAAGAGCUUUACAAUCGCACUAAUCAUCAGCGACUUCGAGAGAUUACGAAUGUGUUGAUCGCCGGCACCCGUUUUAAUAACCGUGUGUUAUGUCGAGUGGCGUGCGAUAUGUUGCGCCUCCAAACCGAUCACUCGACUUAUCUUCUCGACAGUCAUCCGGAGAUCUCGAAGAAGAUUAUCGAAGGCUUGUGUUCUACUCUUAUGACACACUUUACUUUAGUUCAGAACCAGAAAAUGUUUAAAGAAUAUAAAAAUAUAUUGUUGACAAUAAUGUUUUGUUUGGCCGAUUGGUGUCUAUCGGUGCCUAAGAUAUUUUUAGAGCGAACGCUUGUCUCUGAGGGCAUUUCCGAGUCGAUGAUGAGUUUAGUGUUGCGCUGUUUCUCGACUAUUGCUUACACUGACACCAAAAAUACAAAAUUCUCGACUCCAACGACAGCCGCAGAACAGGAAAUUGAUUACACCAUUCAUGCGGACACUUCUCCCGAAUCUGGUAUUAGUCCAAACCCUUCGCCUCGAAAGCGAAUCAUUAAUUCAAACGACGAGAACAGAAGUCAAGCAAACAUUGAGCUUAAAGAUACGGAUGAGAACACUAUUCGUUUGGCCGCUAACUUAAUAAUCGGUCAUUUUAUCAACUUUUUGGGUCAUUUCCCGGAACAAGAGUUGGGCGCCGCGAGACUCAGUUGUCUUAUCAAUGAAAACGACGACAAUUUAAGGCUUUCAAACUGCGAGACUUUCGAUCUCGAAGUCCUAAACGCUCCAAAUGUGUUGUUUUUCUUAAUAAACAAUUCAAGUAUUAUAUCAUUCAUUGAAUUACCCGAAGAUAAAGAUAAGAGUAAUAAUGAUUUGAUGAUCAAUAUCUCCAAAACACCCGUUCGCGCGAUUGUACGCAACCUUUUGGGAAAGCAUCAAAAUCGAGAUAUUUAUGAAUUCGAUGAAAGACCUCGUGUUGUCUCAAAAGCAGAUAACUUGGAGGGACUCAUACAACACAUCACUAACACAAGUCCCGAAUGUAUUACAGUUCGCGAUAAUAACGCGAAUUCAUUGAAUUUACUUCAAGAGGCGUCUGAUAUGAUGGCACUUCUCAUGAAUCAACACAUCCAAGAGAGCUGUUAUGCCGAAGAAAAUUCGUCGCGAAAGUUAUCACCAAAAAUAGAGACCGACUCUCAAACAGCAAUCAUCGCAUCGCAAAUGCCAAGAGUUGAGUCGGCUUUCAAACACUGUCGACAACUCGUCGAUCAAAUGGGGUUUUUGUUUUGGGAGAAACGAAACCGAAUUGAUUUGUUGACCAAAAACCAGAACUUUGUGCGAGAGAUCCGUAAUUUAGAUCAUCAGAACUGUCGCGAAACACAUAAAAUUGCUGUCAUUUAUGUGGCCAAAGGACAGGAAGAUAAGGAGUCUAUACUUUCUAACUCUUCCGGCAGUAAAGCGUUUGAAGAGUUUGUGUCAGGACUUGGAUGGGAAGUGAAUCUCGAAACACAUCUGGGCUUUCGUGGGGGUCUUCAACAGAACCAAAGCACAGGCAAAUCGGCGCAUCACUAA